CCUUCUUCCCCGAAUUCUAUCCCUCCGUGUAUCAGCGGAUGGUUUGUAAAUGGAUUGUACGAAGUCACAUAAACGUUUGGAUUUUGUGAAGAAACUGGAUACUUUAAACUGAGAGUCACCAUUGCAAGUCGGCAGAAUGCCGGAUAAAGACACUGAUUUGCCUGGGAAUCUAUGGACAGUAUAGCCAACGAACUGGCUCUUUCGGAAUAUCCGAUCGAACUGUUUCUUGUAUCAAGUUUACCCAUAGUGGAUGAUGGAUGGCCGAGAUUUCGGACCCCCCAGAUCUGUUCACGUACCUCCACCUUUGCUUUCCGGACUGGCAAUGGAGUCACACCGACUUGGAGCUGCAGCUGCAGCCGGUAGAAUACCCCCUUCUCCCGGUCACUUGGGCGCGGGGCACCCGGCGGCUUUGCACUCUGGAAAAUUCUUACCACCGGCCAUUAACCUACAUUCUCAUCACAGCGAUGCCUUCCCAGGUGCCUCAACCCCAUUUCUAAGCAGCUAUGUGAGCAGCUCCAGUCACCACGGAGGGCCCAGUCCGCUGCCCACCGACCCAGCUUUCAGAGCCCCCAACCCAGCCAGCCUACAGAUGGCCCAGCUGUGGGCCACUCAUCCCCACGACGGUUUCCCCCACCUGCCAGGCAGUCUGUAUACUGCCCCCUACAUUCCUCUGAGCCACAUUGAACACCCGCAGCUGGGCCAACACACUCUCUACGAUUCCCAGAAAGAGGGGUUUUACCUGUCUGGAUCAGUGGGCCAGUCAUCCCUGCACUCCCAGUCAUCUGCCGUGCCGAAGAGUCCAGUGGCCCACGUGCCAAGCUCUCUGUCCAGGGAGAAGGAGGCUGCACCUUCUCACAAGAGCUCUAAAGACGCAAGCAGAGAACUCAGCAAAGAGAAGACUUGCAGGAGUGACCCCAGCCAUUCUCUUCCGCGUAAGGAGAAGGAACGGCCGAGGGAGGAGCCACGACCCCACAGCGUAGUGGACCUCACCCAGGACGUGAAACCAGAGGACGACCGCAGAGGGGGCGUCUCGGACCGACCGGCGAAAACGACAGAGCACACAUGGCCUUUCUUUCACCAGCACUCACCUGCACUGGGUGCAUCAGACACUAAACCCAAGAACCCCCUUCAAACCUCUUCACUCAGCAACUGCAGAAGCAGCAGCGGCGGCGGCGGCAGCAGCAGCACUCCUUCGAGAUACCCGUCCACGGAGCAAGACAGGAGAGACAGGGACCGAGACGAUGAGAACGCCCGGCCGGGGUGCCACCCUCCUGCCGACAAGCAGAAAAGAAGCGACUCGGUCUCCACCUCGGUCGGGACUAUGCACGUGUCUUACGCCUCUCCCACCUCCCUUCCCAGCAACCCGUCCCAUCUUCCGCCGAGGCUCGUGUCCUCUGGCACCUACCCUCCCCCACACCACAUGCCACCCAGCCUGUAUCCCUUCUAUUCCGCGGCGAAAGAGCCAGGGAAGGAACACAGAGUGAUCGCUCCUACUUAUGUGCCUUCUGUCGAGGUUUACGACGAGAGGAAAGGACCGAUCCAGAUUGCUUCUCAAGCUCGAGAUAACAAAAGCGAUAAAAGCAGGGAGAGGGACUUGCACAGAUCGGCCCUGCUGGGUGGGGGAGAGAGAUCUCAGACGGAUCACGGCCGGUCCUCUGUCAAAAGCGAGUCUCCACCCCAUGGGGAUGUCAAGAGAGAUAUUGUACGGGAGGAGGGCUCUGUUAUCAGGGCGAACGGCUUGGCCAUGAAAAGGCCUCUGCCCUCAGAGACGGGCACCAGUAAACCUGGGCAUAGUCCAGAUGCCAGAGACUUAACCAGCACCAUGUCCAGGCAGGUGAUCAGAAUGGGACUCGAGGUUGAAUCCCGCAGUCAAGAGCGAGAUGGAAUUCAAAGAUCGGGACACCCGUUUUCUGGAUUGGACCCAGCUGCACUGCGUUCAGAGAGGCAUCCGCCGAAGGGCUUCGCCUCUGCAGAAUCCAAAUGGAAACCUUUUGACAUGGAGAAUUAUGCCACCAGCCACAUGGCUGCGCUUGCGGCCCAACACGGGCAUGGACCGAGAGGGGAAGAAGAAGGGAAGAGGUUGUACCUUGACCCGGCGUGCGUUCAUAGGUCUGUCAGGAGUGGAGGUAGCCCUGAGGGCCUUCAUCCGGAGGCCCAUGGGGAGGUGUCAGCCAUGCAGAGUCUUAUCAAAUACAGCGGCAACUUCGCCAACGAGUCUGGCUCCAGGCACAACUUGGAGAGCAAGAGCCCGUUUGGUGGCCUGGGCAGUAUGAAAAUGGAGGCCGCCAACCAUGGCGUGUCCAGAGUCCAGCAUCUUCCACCCCAGCAACCCGGGAAGCAGCUUAAGAGGGACCCGGAGAGGCCUGAGAGUGCCAAGUCCUUUGGCCGAGAUGGGUCCUCCCAAGGGGAAGCGGAGGUACGCCAUCCCCCGGUGGGCAUCGCCGUGGCCGUUGCACGUCAGAGGGACAACAGCAGCAAACCCAGCUCUGGACUGUCAGACAGAGACAGGCCGAUCUUGGCCGGAGGUAUGAAGGGCUCAAGUCACACUGAUGAGGACCGUGCUGAAGAGAGGGCUCGUCACCGUGACGACCGGCUCCUGACGGGCCGUCUGGAACGAGAACAGGAGAAAGUGUUGAGAGAGAACAAGGAGCUGGCUGAGUACACUCAGAUGCAUCCUCCCAUGGUUUCUGCUAGCGGACUUAACCCCAACCUGAUGGUAACGGGUGGUCCGACCCUGGCUGGGGCAGGGCGCUGGCCCGCCGAUCCUGCUUCUCAUCUGGCCUCCCAUCCUUGGCUCUCCCGUCCAGGACCCCCCUCCAUGUGGCUGCCUGGAUCCCCAUACGGAUUGGCUCCUCCUUCCCUACACCAGGGUCUGCCUCCUGGAUACCCCCCCACUAUACCAGGCUCCAUUCCCUCACCUUACCAGUUUGCCCGGGACCCACAGUCUGGACAGUUGAUUGUCAUUCCUACAGAGCACCUUCCACACUAUGCUGAGAUUUUGGAGCGUGGCCCCCCACUGUGGUCAGCCAUGUACCCGUCAGCAGGCAGCUCUCUCCAGCACGCCCACCAGCUGCAGCUCCUCUCUCACCAGCAGCUUGUGCGCCAACAGGAGCUCUACAUGAUUCAACAGCAGGCCGCCCAGGUCAUGGAGCUACAGAGGAACGCGCAGUUUGUGGAGAGACUCAAGGCAAGUGAGCAGAGAACAGAGCUGGAGGACAAAGCGGACAAGCCGGGCAGUGACGGGGUCAAGCCCAGCUUCUCAGGUGUGUCCGCCCCGACCCUGCACUCCCGCAAGCCUCCCCCGCGUUCUCCGACGCCCUCCACCUCCUACAGCAAGCCCCUCACCCCGCUCCCCGUUCCCCCUGUUCCCUCACCUGUCACGGCGCUCAAGUCUGAGGAGAGACAGAAAGGAGAGAAAGCCCUCUCUCAGCAGUCAUACUCGGAUCCCUCGACACCUGCUCCUCACCCCCCCAGCCCCGCAUCCGCCUCGCCUCCUCCUCCUUCUCCCAUCCAACCCAAAGAGGAGACUGUGGAGGUGACGGAGAAAGAGGAGCUAAACCUACAAAAGCAAGCCCCUGCGGCGUUCCCGGCUCUUUACACUGAAAUUCCUCCUGGCUACCCGUACCAAUCCAUAACCGCACCCUUCGGCAGCCGCUAUCCUUACCUUCUCCAGCCUCCUGGCGCUGUUGCCGACGCUGAUGGCCUGGCUCCGGAUGUGCCCCUUCCGGCCGAGGCCUUGGAACGCUUGGCUCCGUCAGCGGAUGUCAAACCACGGCACUUGCGUUCCCCGGUGGUGGUGGAGCCCAUGCAGCCGUCCAGGGAGGUGGAGCUUAUGGACGACGGUGCUCCGCUCAAAGAGGAGCCAGGUCUGGAGGAUAGCAAGCAGAUUCUUAGCCGGGAAAGCCUGGGGUCUCUCCACUCUGGCACAAAAGCGGCACCCAUCAGCAGCCAAGAGUCCAGUUUGCCUGCUGAACCAGCGCCCUGCUCCAAAGUCCCCGCGACAUCACGACUGGAGGAUGAUCUUGAGGAGGACCAGGAGGACGGUGGAACAGUGAAACUUGAGAGGACCUCCUCUCUUCGCCACGGGCCAUACCAAAUAUGCGAGUCUGACUCAGAUGAGAACGCCAAACCAGAGACUUCGGAGGCGUCGGCAAGCCAUGCAGACGCUGCCUACAGACCGUCGGCGGGAUAUGCCGAAACGCGUCAUGUCGAUACAAAAACUCAGCCAUCCGAUCAGGCCCCUAGGCUCACGGAGAGGGUAAGCUCAGGGUCGGAUCUGAGAGAACCUGUUUCAGACGUUCAAGACCUGGAGUCCUCGGGAAACAAUGUGUGUCUCCCACAUCACAACCCUCCUCAGCUCCAGCCACCUGUCAUCCCCGUUACCAUCCUACCAGAGGACCCCUUGGCAGGUAUGAAAGCCCUGGUCACUGCUAGUGAGCUGCCCCAGGCUGGAGCCCUGUUUGUCCUGCCCGAAAAUGGCGGGUCUGAUCACUGCUCAGCCGUCAGCACCCUGGAGUCCACAGCCCUGGAGGGUAUGGCUCUGCUCAGCCAGAUGGCUGAGCUAGAGAUGCAGAGGAGUUGCAGCAGCACCCAGAGCAUAAUGCACUGUGGACUAGAGAGUCUUCUAGAGGCUGGCAGACAGGUCCUUCUAGAGGCCAUUGAGUGUCAACCUCUGGUCAGCAUCCGCCUCCCUAGAGAGCUGGACCCGAACAAGAAAUACAGUUGGAGACAGAAGAAAGAUGAACCUAUGUUCUCCAAGAGUUCUCUGGAUGGGAUGGAUGCCACGGAGGUGGAGUACCGCGUGAGAUUGGCUGAGGUGCAGAGGUGCUAUAAGGAGAAGCAAAGGGAACUCGUCAAACUCCAGAGACGGAGAGACAGCGAAGAGAAACGUCAACAGCUUCAGCUUCAACAGCAGCAACAGCAGCAGCAGGAGGAGGAGGAGAGGAGCAGAAAUUUGGCUAGACGAGGCCCGGGAAGGCCUCCAAAGAGGAAACAUGCCCUGUGCGCUCUCUCUCCUCCCUCUGGCAAACUAGAUUCAAAGUGUGUAAAGAUGGUCAAGAGCGGGCUCUACUCGGAGGAUUCGGAAAGCGGAGAGGUGCUGAGGAAGCGCUUUCGAGCCUCCAGCAGGGAAGAGGAGGAGGAGGAGGAGGAAGAGGUGGAGGGCGGGGUGCUGAGAAUGAAGAGAAAAAACAAGAGUUGGAAUGACCAGGAGCCUUCCUCCAGUUACUCUCACGAGGUGCCUAAAAAGAUUAAUAAAAAGACCAGAGUGAGUGAGCAGGAGCAGUUGGCCAGUAAGCUGGACAAGGCUCUGUCUCUCACUAAACUGAGUAAAAUGAGCAAGUCCUCUUGUAAAUUUGUGGAGGGCCCCUCAGGGAAAUCCAGAACUAGUUCAGGGAGCUGCCGGAAACUUCCCACACUCACAGACAUAGACAUGAGAAGCAAGAUGGACAAACCGAGCUUGUCCAAAGACCUUUGCCUCUUUCACAAGUCUUCCAAAGGAGGUAAAAACAAAAAUGCCACCAAAACAAAACCCUCAGACACCUCCCUGAAGGGCAAAGACCAACUGAAGGCUUCUUUCUCUCCGAUGAGGUCAGAGAUUAGCAGUUACUCCAACAAUACCGACUCAGAGGAGGACAGCUCCAUUAAGGAGAUGUGGCCGACCCGCGCUCUGCUGAACCAGCCCGGCUCCCGACCUCACAUCUCAGGACUGUGCAGCACACCAGCCAAGAAGAAGCGGUCGUCGUCGAAGAGAGGGCCUUCGUCGUCUUUGUCAUCGCUCAAGUCCAAGCAGGCAGCCAAAGAAAGGAAACAAAAGCACUUUGCUUUAUUGUUGCAGGAGGCAGGAGUCAGCUCCUCCGAGGACUCGUUCGACCAAGAGUACUUCACAGAGAGGGAUGACUCUGAGGAUGAUGAUGACGACAACGAUCAUGAUGACGAUGACGAUGAUGAUGAGGAGGAGGAGGAGGAGGAAGAGUACGAGUACGAACUGGACGAGAGCGACGGGCUGUGCUCGCCCUUGCCGGAGGAGAGCGGUCUGGGACUCCUGGCUCGAUUUGCGGCCAGUGCCAUCCCCAGUCCCGUUGUCUCCAGCCCGCUGUCUGUCAUCCAGAUGGAGGCCAAACAGAAAGCCAAGAAGAAAGAGGAAAGGCAAAACCUUCUGGGCCCAGAGUUUGAAUACACCGACUCGGAGAGCGAUGUUAAGAUCAGGAAGAAGUUUCCGUCGUUGUUGCAUGGGAAGAGAUCCGUGCCCGAGCUUCCCCUUCUCCCCCCUGCCAGCGUCCUGCGUGAGGACUCCAGUCCCAGCAAGCGCGGGCGCAAGCCCAAGAAGCCGAAAUCCCCGCGGGAGUUCGGUUUCGAUUUCGGUCCCGACGGAAGCGACGAUGAGCGCUGGACCCGCAGGAGGAGCGAGCGAAUUUUCCUCCACGACGCUGCCCUGGCCAACCCCAUGUCUCCCACCAACAAAACUCCUCUUCCCCUCCCCCCAAAACCAGCCCGCGGAUCAAAAUCUUCGCCGCAGAGUCCCAAAGAAGUGGCCAAAACCAAGGAGGCGAAAGAGCUCUGUAAGAAGAAGAGGGCAAAGGAGACCCCUCUUUGUUUGCCCCCUCCCCAACUCUCCAGCACCCCCUCGGAGAGCAGCACGGCAGCGCCUGUCAGCCCUGGACGAAAGAGCAAGGUCAAGCCAAAACCCAGAGAGCAGGCUAGAGGGAAGGGCGGAGCUGUCAGUAAGCUUAUGGAAAGCAUGGCUGCUGAUGAGGACUUUGAGCCCAAUCAGGACUGCAGCUUCUCUGAGGAUGAGAACCCUUCAGCGGGCAGACAGCCUGAAAGGCCCAGCACUCCUGCUCCUCGGAACUGCGUCAUCGACAAAGACGAGCUCCAGGACGGACUACGGGUGCUCAUUCCCAUGGAAGACAAACUGCUCUAUGCUGGACACGUCAGCACUGUCCACUCACCAGACAUAUACAGUGUGGUGGUGGAAGGGGAGCGUGGAAACCGUCCUCACAUCUAUUGCCUGGAGCAGCUGCUGCAGGAAGCGAUUAUUGAUGUGAAACCUCCUUCAGUGAGGUAUCUCCCUCAGGGGACCAGGAUUGCAGCGUACUGGAGCCAACAGUACCGCUGUCUGUACCCGGGCACAGUUGUAAGAGGGAGCCCUGACAUGGAUGAAACCGAUGACUUGAUAACAGUGGAAUUCGAUGAUGGAGACACAGGCCGGAUUCCACUGUCACAUAUUCGACUUCUUCCUCCAGACUACAAGAUCCAGUGUGCUGAGCCAUCCCCUGCCCUACUAGUAGCCAGCACUAAAAGACGAGGCAGGAAAUCCAGUAAAGAUGUUCCUGAGAGCAAAGAGACGGGUCCUAAAACAACCGAGGAGACAGGGGCACCAAAGAGCAGAGGAAGAGGGCGAAAGCCCAAACCCAAGCCUGAGCCUGAGGUGGCUCCAAAGGAGUGUGAAAAGGCUGAUACACCAACUCCUGCUCAGACCCUGGAAAAGCCUCUUUCAACUCAGCAACCCAGUGGCCCGAGGACAGCCAGGAAGAGCCAGCAGGCCAACACUGCCAGCCCCUCUAUCCCAGUACCAGGUGAAUGCCAAAAGAAAACCACGGGAGUGAAGGCCCCGGCCAAAGUGCGGUCCCAGACACAGUCCGUCUACGCGUCGCCACUUUACGGAAAAGUCCUCUCGGUGGAUCUCUAUAAUGACCCAUCCACGUCACUGGCCUCGUUCAUGUCCAACAACGAAACGGGUAACAACGCAGCAAAAGGGAAACCAGUGAAGCGAGCACGCAAGAGCGAAGAGCUUCAAGAGACAGCGGGAUUUAACCCGAAGCCUCAGCGGAAACAGCCCCAGACGGAGCUGCUGAUCAAGCUCGACCACGAGGGGGUGAUGUCACCCAAAACCAAAAAGACCAAAGCCCUGAUGAUGAUGGAGGGUCAGAACCUCUGUAAAAGAGAGAACAAGCCUGUGAUGGGCGUCGGCUACACAACAGUGACCACGACACCAGCCAGUGAGAAAUCGGUGAAGUCUAAGACAAAGCUCGCUGAAUCAGCACCCCCUAAGACUGACAGUGUGUCUACAUAUAGCGUGCGUAAGCUGAGCACCAGUAACGAGGGGGUUGUUAAAGUGAAAAGCUCUGGAGAAAAGGAGAAGGCAGAGGUCGACUCUGCUAGCAGUAGUAGCAGUAGCAGCAGCUCCGAAUCAGAGGGAGAAGAGGAGGUGGCCUCGCAGGAGAAGAAUUCCAAACAGGACACAAGCUCCACCAGCUCCCGUGCCUCCAGUCCCACCUCCUCUAAUUCCUCUAGCUCCUCUUCCAGCAGCUCCUCUUCCUCUGCUGGCUCUAACUCUUCAUCCUCUUCCUCUUCCUCAUCCACCACCACGGACGAAGAGUCAUCCUGCAGCUCGGACGAAGAGACCCCUGGUCCGUCGCAGACCUCUCCCCCAUCUGAGCAGACCCUCCCACAAGAGGAAGAAGUUGAGGAGGACAUGGAGAAAUCGGAGCUGCAGCCUGAGGCCCACUCAGCCACCCCUAAGACUCCGAAACAGCAGCCCGCUCAGAAACAGCAGCAGCAGCAGGCUAAACCGCAGAGGCAGCAGAGGCUGAAACAGCAGGGCAGUGGCCGACCAAAGAAACGCGAGGGCAUUCACCUCCCCACCACCAAGGAGCUUGCCAAGAGACAGAGACUUCCCUCUGUGGAGAAUAGACCCAAGAUAUCUGCCUUCCUACCAGCAAGGCAGCUUUGGAAGUGGUUUGGAAAGCCCACACAGAGACGAGGAAUGAAGGGCAAGGCAAAAAAGUUAUUCUACAAGGCCAUAAUGCGUGGGAAGGAAAUGAUCGGUAUCGGGGACUGCGCUGUGUUCCUGUCUGCUGGUCGACCUAACUUGCCCUUCAUCGGACGUAUCCAGAGCAUGUGGGAGUCCUGGGGCAACAACAUGGUUGUCCGUGUCAAGUGGUUCUACCAUCCAGAGGAAACAAACCCUGGCAAGAAACUCCAUGACAAAAAGAACUGGGAUCAGUUGUCAGGCAGGAGCCUCCCUGCCGCUCUACAGGCUUCCAGCCAGAGGAAAGAUUUCAUGGAGCGAGCCCUGUAUCAGUCCUCACACAUCGAUGAGAACGACGUCCAGACCAUCUCUCACAAGUGUCUGGUGGUCAGCUUGGAGCAGUACGAGCAGAUGAUUAAAACCAAGAAGUACCAGGACAGCGAGGACCUGUACUACCUGGCAGGCACCUACGAACCUACCACUGGAAUGAUUUUUAACACUGAUGGGGUGCCUGUCAUCUGCUGAAAAAAAAAAAAAACUCCUUGUGUUUAAAACCCUCCCAAACCCUUAUUCCAAAUCCCUCAGCUCUCAAGACUUGCACACGACAACAAGAAUGAUAAAAAAAAAAAGAAAAGAUGAAAAUCUUUACAGAAUUUUAAGGGCUGGUGAGAUGUGAGAACUGCCAUUUGAACCCUCCAGAUUGGACUAACUUGGAAGAAAUACUGAUGAAGAAACAGAGUCUUAGAGUGAGACUGCUGUAACUCUUAAUUGGAUGAAAAUUGGAGAGUGCCCCAACCGAAUGUCGUCUGUGAAGAUGUAUUCACACUUUGUUUCAGUGACUUCAAACGUAUUCGAGUCUACGGCAGCUUGCUAUCUGUCAGUAUUGUUCAGGAUGUGCUUAGAGGAGCCCAGAUGGCCAACCGGGAGGACGUCUCAAAACCUGCUAAUGGAGCACAAUUCGUUCUCGUUUUGAUCCGACGAGGACUCUGGCGGACGAGAGAGGGCCUCUGUCUUUUGGAAGCUCCCGUUGAGCGUCGCAGUGGAGAGGGACUGUGUGCCAGAAACGUAUUUAAGGUCAACUGCAUGUGCACAGCUGAGCCCCUCUGUCUCAACCAUCACCAGCACAGCUCAAAUGGAGGUGACACUCCUCCAGUGGGGCCGAGUCUCCAGGGCGAGAGAAGGCUGCUUGGAGACGGGCAUCCUGGACGCAGGGACCAGCUCGUUGUGUGAAUGAUCCAAGUUGACAAGCUGUGUAAGACUGUAGUCAGAUUCUACCCAGAAAGCUAUCGCCAACCACCCGCCAUGUUGUUCAGGGAACUCCUGGAAAAACCAGGCUUAAGUUGAGGGCUGCAAAACAUGACUGGGCAAAUGAUACAGUUCAGACUCUUAAAAGAAAUGGACCAUAUGGGGGCAACCAUAUUUUGGGAAGAGCGUUGAUAUGAAGCACUUAAAGAAAGAUAUAUACUGAGAAAGAAAGAGAGAAAAACGGAAAACUAUUCCUUACUGAUUCCCUAAAAGGUAACUGGUCCGUGCAGCAGGUGGAUCUUUUGGUGGGAAGUUGUGCGAGUUGACCUAUAGCUAGCCCAGCAGGUUAAUGGGAGCACUCAGGCUACCAUUAGCCUUAGGCUGUGAGAGGUCCCUCUAUGUGAACCGAGGUUGGCCAGGCUACAGAGGGGCAUCCUAACAUUGUAUAGAUAGCUACGUCUGUAAAUAAACACACUCGCGCUAUAUAGACGGUGUAGACAAACACACAUUUUAUUUUCAUGUACCAUA